CUGGUUAUUCACCUUCCUUCAGUCUGAGCCCGCUUCAAGUUUGUUGUCGGCGGUGCCAGCCAUCAUCCUUGCUUUUCUCUUUUCAUCCUGUGCACUGGCUUGCAGUUCUGCUGCCAUCUUGUCUUUCUUCCCAUACUUUUCAGUCUUAUAUCCCCACCCACCUUGUCUCUUCUCACCAUCUUCUUCGUUCUCCUCGUCGGCUGGCCCGCGUCCUUGUCUUCCCCACUCCCUCACCUCACCUUCCUUAUCCUCCUUUUUCUCCCAAAUGGCCGCAGUCAAUCUCCAGAUGAUGUCUCCCCUUGACUUUCUUCCUCUCAACCACCCUCAUUCCCGCUCAAACUCUGUAUCCUCCUCCUCUACUCAUUCGCCUAAUUCCCGUCCCCAGUCUUCCCAGGGCGGCAUCGUCCGUGUUCCCUCUGCACUCCCUCAGUCCACCGAUGAUCUCUAUCGUCUCUCAUAUAACAUGGGCAACGAUCAUAUCCGCCACUCUCCCGCCUACCAGCUCCAGCCAGCCGAUAUGACCUCUGGAGGCCAUUCUCCUCCAAACCACAACAUCAGCAAUCCUGCCCUCAAAGGCCAUAUCCGUCAGACCCAUCUCAGGGCCCGUGCUGCCGCUUCCCCUUAUCCUCGUGACACUGAAAGCGUCCACUCUUCUUCCAGUGAGACAGACGACAUCACCAUGUUUCUCGGUAACUCUCCUGCAGACUAUCAUAUGUACGGGCCAGGUCAGACCUUGCCCUCUAAUCAAGAAACUAUGCAUCCUGCCGGCGCUUUCGGCAGAAUGACUCUCAGUCCUGACCACGCCUUGGAGAAACUCGCUGCCAAUGUCCGGGUCGCGACUACCACUAGUGCUUCUGAUAGGGCAAAACAAAUUUUCGUCCAGGCAUGGUUGACUGCGAACUAUGCUCCUUAUCCUGACGGAAAUGUCCCUCGCCAGGGUCUUUACUUUUCCUACCGUCGGGUCUGUGAUCAGUACGGGAUCCCUCACAUAAAUACGGCGACUUUGGGCAAGGCCAUCAGGCUUUGUUUUCCAACUAUCAAAACUCGGCGCCUGGGAGUUCGCGGAAAUAGUAAAUAUCAUUAUUGUGGCAUCCGUCCUGCCACUUCGGCGGAAGCCGAAUGGCUUCAGGACUAUAUUCGCAAAUCAAACAAUAAUGCAGGACAGCAAUCUAUCAAUGCAGCCCGCGCAGCUCAGGAACCUUCGGAUAAUGCCAACAGAGGUGAAGAACGUUCUGAUGAAGACGAAGACGCCGAGGACUCUGAAGGAGCUAGCUCCAAUCCGUCCAAGAGGAACUCUCUGACGCUAAAUGACAUGAAAGGCGCCCUCAAUUACGGCGAUGAUUUAAGCGAUAAGACACCCACGGCUGCUAACUUGCUCUCCCAAGCUCAAGCUGCUGGAAGGCCCUCGAACAAUUCAUACCCCAGCCAUGCGUCCAUUCGCCGCCACCCCAGCCAGCCGGACCCCGGACUCGCCGUUCAACCCAACUCUACUUCUGGUGGAAGUGGUAACUUCGUGUCCAACCAACAGACCUUGUCAGUUCGUCACAUGGUGCAGUUUCCCUCCAUCGAGGAGGCCAUAGGAUCCAACUCCACAUCUCCGCAUAGUAUCGCCGCUCGCGAUGUUUGGGGCUGGUUCCAAGAUCAUCUUGACGCAUUGUUGGAUAGCGUCCGUUCGUUCAGGUUUGAUCAAUUCGAGAUGAACCUCAGGAAUUUCUGGUCCAAUCUUAAUGGAACUCAUCGCGAAGUGGUUCACGCUCCUGCAAUAGCUGGCCUAAUGGCCAAGGCAGAUGCGAUUGUUUAUGAUGAAAUAUUGGAGUUCCUCCGCUCGCAGAUGCUCUCUCCCAUUCAAACGGCGUCUUUGACUAGCCUUCGUCAGCUAGCUAACAAGAUGGAGAAAGUUCUGUUGCUUGCGCUGGAAGGAUAUGGCAACACAUUUGUUGAGCCAAAGGUAGAGCUUGGUGCACGAUUUGGCCAUCUCGUCUUGCGCUUCUUGGACAUCUACCAAGUUACUCAAGCAUUGAAUACCGUGCUCACAAAUCAAAAGCAGCUCGCGGAAAUGCGGCGUUCUUGGCAAAAGGUUGACUUUGAAUCGGUUCGAAACCAAUCGGCUUUGGUGUGCAACUGUCGUCACGAGGACCUUGUUCAGUUGCUUGAAGUCGAGUUUGUUUCAAUGAUGGACAGCCUGUCAAAGAGUAGCGAACCUGUCAGGGAAGUCAUGGCCUGGGCCGAUAAAUGCUGCGAAAGGCUUAUGGGACAGCGCGUCGGGAAUGGACCUGAGGACAGAGGAACAAUGAGCUCGCGGAGCAUACUGAUCCGCUGGGGUUACGUCACCAGUCAAGUUAUGAGGGACUUGACGAUUCGGAGUGAUCCGGCUUUCGGUGCCUUUCAGAUCAUGAAGCUUUUCUUGGAUGAUUGGAUCGCAGUCAAUGUGUUGCGGAGUGUGGCACUGUCGACGAACUCUGUCGCAGCCUCUGUUGAGCCGGUGAUGCAGCAGCAAUUCUUCUCUCUGUCCCCGAUGGCAGGGCAGGAGAGUUUCAAUACGAUGGAAGUUCGGCCACCUCAGCACAUCAUGACCCAUACGCCGACAACUUCGAGCAUGCUAGCGGCUUUGCAGCAGGAUCCGUUCCCGGCGGGUUCCUUGUCAUCAGGCUUCAACACCGAUGCUUACGGCGCUUUGUCGUACAUGGACGCAUCGGCAUCUCAGGACGACUCGAUACCCCCUGUCCAUCAAUCUGGACUUUCUUUUUCCGACUACGGUUCCGCCAAUACAUUUGAUGUGACAUCGUUUACCCCUCACGAGCUGGGCAUUGCGCCCAACUCUGGCGCAUCAGGACCAAAUGAGGGUGAACCAGAGUCGGACGCUGUCAAAUCUGAAUCUGUGUCUUAAAAGGUUCGACCUCGCUUGCAAGUCUUGUCGUACCAUUUGGUUGUGGAGUAACGAUGAUCCUUGCAAAAUUAUAAAUAUGUUGAAAUUCCCUGCUUUCCUUCUGUCAUUUAUUAGCCUCAUACCUCGUAUCUGUAUUGACAAUUUGCUUCGUUUUUACGUGCUCUCCGUGCUCACUAUUGUAUAGGUUUCGGUUUGGUUAGUCGAAUAAUAAUAUUUCCCUCUUUUAGCGCCACCUUACCGCGGACAACAGUGUUUGCAGGUAUAGUAGGCAUAACAGAUAACUUAUAGUGAUGUAUAAAUUGGUCCUAUCCAAUGAUGUCCACUUUACUAUAUCAUUGCGAGAUCUCGUCAUUUUCAUUUGCCUCUUCUCGAACGUUCUCGAGCUUCUCGUCAACUUCAUUAGUAGGUACUUCAUCUGGCUGUGGGGCAUUCAUUGGCGUAGAUGUUGGCUCUGCAUGAUCUUCACCUCCGCCGUUCGGAGGUGAUACUUCGACAGCAGGGGAAGUGUCGGCUUUGUUAGCAACCUUGGCGCCGUUGGUGAGACGCUGAAUAUCAGCUUCAGCUUUGGCAACGUUCUCAGCCGUCACGCGAUCUUGAUUAGCUUGGUACCAUGCUUUUUUCGUUUUAAGGUCUUCGAUGACACGGGGGACAUCUGAGUUCGAUGUUGGGGGAGGGAUGGCAAGUGUGAGGAGGGCAGAUAAAGUAGUGAGUGGGAUAUGGAGCUCGCUACUUGCAGCCGGGGUGCUAUCUGCAUCCGAUGGGCUGGCCGCUUUGACGCCUCCCUUCUUUCCCUUCGCCUUUGCCUUUCCGACGAAA